ACUUGUUUAUUCAUUAAGAGUGUAAGCUGGAGACAGUUGAAGGUUAGGAGGAAAAGUCACGAUGCGAAAUGAUUUGUUAAGGGGAAGGCUGAGGCGAUGCAGAAUUACAGCACUUCCAUACUUGACAACAAGGGUGAAGAAACACUAAGCAGAAGCAACUGCUGUUUGCAAUGUGGCCUUCGUUUUGGCGUACCUUCGAUCUUUACUCCUUGGCAGGAUUUAACUGAUGCAGAUACGUGAUUGAUCAGCUGGAAGAGUACCAAACUGUAAAUGAUACAGAUGAGGGAUUUGUGGAGACACUCAGAUUAAUAGCUGAGUUGGUGAUUUAUGGGGAUCAGCAUGAUCCUUCAGUUUUUGAGUUUUUUUAUGGAGAAGCAGGUAAUGGCACAAUUCCUCAAUAUUUUAAAGGUAAAUAAUAAUUCAGAUGUUGCAUUACAGUUACUACAGACUUUGAGCAUUAUGAUCCAGAGCUUGCAGAGUGAACAUGCAAUCUAUUAUUUGUUCAGCAAUGAGUACAUCAAUAAUCUCAUAACUUAUCCAUUCGAAUUCCAAAAUGAAGAGCUGAUUUUUUACUAUAUUUCUUUUUUAAGAACAAUAAGUGGAAGGCUGGACAAAAACACAAUUUCUCUUCUUGUCAAGACUCAACAUGAUGCUGUAGUCUCCUUUCCAUUGUACAGUGAAGCUAUCAAAUUUUUCAAUCACCAAGACAACAUGAUCUGCAUAGCCGUACGCGCGUUGACACUUAGCAUAUAUCGUGUGAAUGACCAUAGUGUCAAUAAAUUUAUCACAACCCAUCCACUGUCAGAAUAUUUCUCAGAUUUGGUGAAACACCUAAAGCAAAAUACUUUCAAAUUAGAUGCUCUUGUUGUUAGAGCGGCACAGAUUGAUGAUGCUUCCGAUAUUAAAAAAAUGCUGGUUUCAACAAUUGAAGAAAUUGAUGAUGACCUUUAUUAUUUAAGUGACAUACUUUGUGCCAGUGUUUCUGAUUUGAGUGGACCGGUGACACACAACUUAUUGCAUACAUUGGUUUUUCCAAUGUUACUACCAUCCCUUCAUUUAUCCCACUCCAAUAGCAUGCAGAUAAGGGCUACCACAUCUUUAUACAUUCUCUCCCGUCUCCUCCAAGUAGUCAAUAGCAAAGAAGUAGCGAAUACUAUUAGUGCUGCUUUUCUCUGUCCACCGAGGGUGGCUACUACAAGUUUCAACUGUGAGUGUGACAAACAUGAGAGUAAAAAAUCAGUUUUAGCAUCUGGAAUUCCUAUGGUUAACAUUAAUAGGCAAACAGAGGAGCAGGCUUCUGGAAUUUCUGUGGUUAACACUAAUACCGAAACAAAGGAGCAGGCAUCUGGCAUUUCUAUGGUUAACAUUAAUACCCACUCAAUAGAUCAAGAAGAUCAACACAUGGUUGUUAAGCCUUUUAAAGAACCAUGUAUAAAUGUUGGGCUUUUGGAGGAAAGUGAAAAGGAUAGAAAAUCAAAUGUAAGCUCAAUACUUCCAUCGUUUGUUUCUUAUGAGAACUAUAAACUGGUGCUGGCAUCUUUGAGCUUGCUAGUUCUCCUAUUGGAAAAUAAAGAGCUAAAAAAUUCACUGCUGGAGGCAUUAGGAAUUCUUCCUCCCAAGAUGCAAUGUCAGAAACUAUCAGAAGCUUUUGAUUCAUUGAUAAGGCUUCUUUGCUCAAGACCUCGACAUGGAGAAGCAAUGUGGCAUAUAGGCUGGCUGUUGAAAAAUAUUCUUCCAUACCUUGAAACAAAACUUUUUGAUCAUCACCUGAAUGCUGCUUAUGAGAAUGCAUCUUUUAACAUUUUGAAUGAAAUCAAUGAUUCAUGUUGCGAUCUGAUUCUGAAAGCUUUAUUGGCUGAAUGGAAAGACUGCAAGAAAGCUCUAGAAAUAUCAGCACUUCAUAAGGACAUCAGAUUCAUUCUCCUACCUGAUUCUCAGCCAGUUGUUCCUGAUGGCAGCUGUUCUUCAUUUAUUGUUAGAGAAAGGAUGUUGGAUGCUGUGAAGGUUGUAAUUAAUUGCAAUAUAUUUAAUCAAAAUGUGUUUGUACUUUUUCAUCAAGUUGUGAAUUUAAUUCUGAGAGGCACAUUUCCUGAAAUUCCUCCAUUAGAUCUUAUAAAAGAAUUUCCUGCCAGUUCUAGGGCCAAAUGUGCUGGCCUUGAUUGUGUAGCUUUAAAAGUUGGUGUUGAAGUGAAUUUAGGUGAGGCAAUUCCUUGCAGAAUCGCAUUUGAGGAGGGGAAGGAAAUGCAUGUUUGCAUGUUAGCAGUGGUUAAAGGUGCUCAUGGAUGGCUUCUUCUUGCAGAAGAAGUUCUUUCCAAACCACAGCGUGGAGUGGUGAUUGCACAUGCUCCAUUAGCAGGCCUAAAACCAAAAGUAGAUGAAAUCCAUCCAAGGUGGUUACAUUUGCAAAUUCGAGCAGACCUGCCCUCUUUUGGCUCCAAAAUAGCAGCAAUUGGAAGAUACAGAACCAAUCAGAUGUCUGAUGGAAGGUGGACUCUUGCUUUUUCAGAUGAGCAAGCAUGUAAGUAUGCAAAUCUUAUGAUACUUGAUGAGAUGGCAAUACAAAAAUCUUUUGUCAAGUAUGCACUGGAAUCAUUGCUGCGUGUCGAUGCAAUCAUGAAGGUUGAAGAAGAAUCUCUUAAAGAUUUUAGCAGUGCAUGAAUGGAAAACCUUUAGAAUGUCAGUACAAUUCUUGACUUUUGUUUGGGAAUUCACAAGAAAGUUACACUGGACCGGUGCUGCCAAUUUAUCAAUGCACAAACCGUUGCCUGUUACAUGUACACUCCUACAUGUGUGAACUGGAUCUGCUUCUUCGGAGCUUUUCCCACGAGUUUCUGUAUUUGUAUUCUUUGAAGAUUAAUCGGCUCCGGCAUGUCCUCUUCCCUUGCCUAUCCCUGAUAGAAAGAGAAACAUUUUUGUAGGCAUUAAUUCAGAUGGUCUUGGAGGAUGAAUUACCCCUUUGAACAAAGAAAUUAUAUACAUCAAAUUGUUCUCAGCUCAAGGGAUUUAGUUCUAUUUAGCUGCCAAUCAUCUAGAGAUGACAUUUGUUAAGAAAACCUUUGUUCAUUCAGGCUGUAAUUUAUAACAAGUAUAGCAACUGUAUAAUGAAAGUAUAAGAUAAUUCUUAGCA